CUUAAAUUCAGCCAUCUGUCGAUUUGCAUGGGUGUUUGUCGGUGAAUUUAAUUUUUCCAGUACUUUAUUUCAAAAGGAAGUAAUUAAGUGAGAAUUUACAAAGAGUAAUAGUUAGUGAGUAAUCUUUCAACAUGCCGGACGUUGGAAACCUUAGUUUGUCCGAGAUAUAUACCUCAGAUAAGAAUGGCAAUGACGACACAGGUGAUGGUACGAAAGAGAAACCAUUCAAGACAAUUUUGAAAGCAAUGCAUCAUGCUGGCAAAGAACCAUUUCCCACAAUUUAUGUUGACUCAAAAGAUGACACUAAAGAUUAUGAUGUAGCAGCAAAAUCUCAAUUGAAGAAAAUCCAAAAGAUUUGGGUCCGCGAGAACUAUAAGGCGAUGGACAAAGCUAAGGCAGAAGAGGAGAACAAUGAAAAGAGAUCUCAAAACUUAGAUGAGGCAAAGAAGAUUCUCCUGCAAGAGGAUCCAAGUUUACCAAAGGCCACUGUUGUGAAAAUAUGUGAAACAACUGAACACCGUGGUCAGAGGAUAUGCAUCAGAGGGUGGGUACAUCGUCUCCGGCGUCAAGGUAAAUCUCUGGCAUUCCUGACCCUGCGUGAUGGUACUGGGUACCUACAGUGCGUUCUACAUGGUACACUCUGUCAGACCUACAAUGCUCUAGUCCUAUCUACAGAGUCAUCUGUGGUCUUGUAUGGAAAAUUAGAGGCUGUGCCCGAGGGAAAGAAGGCUCCUGGUGGUCAUGAGCUGACAGCUGAUUACUGGGAAUUGAUUGGACUCGCACCGCCAGGUGGUGCUGACGCCAUCCUCAAUGAGGAAGCCUUGCCUGACGUUCAAUUAGACAAUAGGCACAUAAUGAUCCGCGGUGAGAACACGUCCAAAGUCCUACGGGCUCGCGCCGCUGUGACUCGCGCCUUCCGUGAACAUUUCGCUUCCCGCCGCUAUACCGAAGUCACGCCACCGACCCUAGUUCAAACGCAGUGCGAAGGCGGCAGUACCCUUUUCAAGUUUAGUUACUUUGGGGAAGAAGCUUAUCUAACUCAAAGCUCUCAGCUGUACCUGGAAACGUGUCUGGCGACUCUGGGUGACGUUUACUGCAUCGCGCAGUCGUACCGAGCGGAGCAGUCUCGCACGAGGAGACAUCUCGCCGAGUACAGUCACGUGGAGGCUGAGUGCCCCUUCAUAACUUUUGAAGAUCUGUUAAGUCGUCUCGAGGAUCUGGUCGUGGAUGUCGUAGACCGGGUCCUCGCCUCGCCCGAAGGACAGCUCGUAUACGAACUCAACCCGAACUUUAAAAAACCACAGAAACCUUUCAAACGUAUGACGUACAUAGAAGCGAUAGAGUAUCUCCGCGCCAACAACAUUACGAAGGAAGACGGAUCCUUCUACGAGUUUGGAGAGGACAUCCCGGAAAUGCCGGAGCGGAAGAUGACGGACGCCAUUGGCGUGCCGAUACUGCUGUGCAAGUUCCCGGCCGAGAUCAAGUCGUUCUACAUGUCGCGCUGCGUGGACGACCGCCGCCUCACCGAGUCCGUCGACGUGCUGAUGCCGGGCGUCGGGGAAAUCGUCGGCGGCUCCAUGAGGAUAUGGGACCACGAGGAGCUGAUGGAAGGUUACAAACGCGAAGGCAUCGACCCUAGCCCGUACUACUGGUACACGGACCAGCGCAAGUUCGGCUCGGUGCCUCACGGCGGCUACGGGCUCGGCCUGGAGCGCUUCCUCUGCUGGCUCCUGGACCGCUACCACAUCCGGGACGUGUGUCUCUACCCUCGCUUCCUAGAGCGGUGCACGCCCUGAGCGCCUCUACCCGAUGACGUAUUGUCUUUAUUUUGCCUGAUAACAUGACGUUGUGUAUAUUGCAUUCGAAUAAAGCAUUUCUGUUAA